AUGAAUGCCGGAGCACUUUACUCAGUAGCACAGACAACGAUGUCGAAGCAGUAUUUGCAGACACUCACGAUCCCCGACGCGCACCCCACCGAUAUCUUCUCGCUCGCAGUGACACCGUCCCACCUGCUCACAGCAUCCGGCGCUUCGAGCAUCAAAAUCUACAGCACGAGAGGGCAAACGAUACACACCGAAAGCGCCGAAGAUGAGAACCCAUACCCGCUAGUGCAAACGCUCGAGAAAGUGCAUCAUCUCGGUUGUCACCACAUCUCCACCAGUCUAGAUGGCAAGAUUGCAGCCAGCGUCGGGUUCGGCGGAGAAGUCAAGGUGUGGGAGUGCUCGGAAGACGACGAGUGGAAAGCGAAAGGUGUGAUUAUAUCACCAGAAAAGAACGCAGGCGAACACUGGGCAGCGGCGUUGAACGAGUCGGGACAAUACCUCGCCAUCACCACAUCAGAUGGCCGAGUCAACGUGUACGACACCAACAGCAUCCCAGACGACGGCACGGCACAAAAGAUUGCAGAAUAUCAGACGAAAGGCUCUUUCGGCAUGAGCGUAGACAUCUCACCCAAUGGCGAAAUGACAGCUUCAGGCCACCAAAACGGCACCAUCCACAUCUUCAACAACAGCACUCGCCGACUCGCACACUCCCUCUCCGGCCUGAUCAAGCCAGUGCGUGCCGUCAAGUUCAGCCCAGCCAAUCGAUAUCUGGCUGCUGCUGGAGAUGCACGUAUCAUCGCGCUAUACGACACACAAAGUGGCGAGCAGGUUGCCAAUAUGACAGGACACAGCUCGUGGAUCAUGAGUCUGGACUGGAAUUGGAGUGGAGAGUACCUGCUCAGCGGCAGCUACGAUGGCAAGGCGAAGAUCUGGAGUAUGGAGAGAAGAGAGUGCGUCGCUACACAGACUGAGAGCGAGAAGUGCUUGUGGAGCGUGAAGUGGCUGUGGCACUCGCCGACUGCACGCAACGACAUCUUUGCGACCGCUGGUGCUGCAAAGACGUUGGCUUUCUACCGGGAGGCCAGUGGCACGUGA